AUGUAUCCCAGGCUGGUUCAUCCUUCCAACUUCGAGCCCACAGUGCUGCUGCUCCUAUGGGGGCCUCUAGGGGCUCAGGCCCAGAAUGACACAGAGCCUAUUGUCCUAAAAGGGAAGUGUUUGGUAAUCUGUGACUCCACUCCCAACUCUGAGCCAGCUGGAAAUGCCCUGGGAAUGUCAGUACGCUCAGGCACGGGCCGGGUGGCCUUCUCUGCCACCGGCCAGACCAACCAUGAGCCCACAGCCAUGAGCAACCCCACCAUGAUCAUCUACUUCGACCAGAUCCUGGUGAAUGUGGGAAAUCACUUUGACCAGGAGAGCAGUGUCUUCCUAGCCCCCAGGAGGGGAGUCUACAGCUUUAACUGCCAUGUUGUGAAGGCCUAUAACAAACUAUCCACCCAGGUUAGUUUGAUGGUGAAUGGGUGGCCAAUGAUCUCAGCCUUCACUGGGGACCAGAAUGUGACGCGGGAGGCAGCCACCAACGCAGGCCUGGUGAUCAUGGAGAAGGGAGACCAGACCUACCUCAAACUGAAGAGGGGAAACCUGAUGGGUGGCUGGAAGUAUUACACCUCCUCCGGCUUCUUGGUUUUUUCCUUAUAGGGAGACAGUCAGCAGGAGGGAGAGGAGGACAGAGGGAAAUAUGGAGUGAAAGAGUGAUACGGUGGUAAGACGGUGCGACUGAGAAAGAGAUAGGAUUUCACGUCUAAGAGAGGCAGUUAUAGAUGAAAGAUGGAGUGAAACAGAAAGACGUAAUGAACAUUGACAGCUGUGGGUAUGUGAAUUGUCUCAUGCCGUGUCCAGUUUAUGUGUAACUUGUCCUGUAGGAUGGAGGAUUGAGACUAUUUUUGUUCAGAUACCAGAGUUGAUGAUGAGCAGUAUCUGCAAUCAAUUUGUAUCUUUUUCAUUUUCACUUUUAAAAGUAAUAAAGUAAGUAAAUCCUGUAGCCCUUAAAACAUGGCAAGACCUGAAUACAACAUUCGAUUGACAUUUGGAUCUCUGGUAUUUUUACCUGUCAAUCUGGCCAGCCCCAUGG